AUGGACGAGGCCCCUCAAGAAUGUGGGGCUGGGCCAACAGAACAAGAGGCGCAACGCCAGAUAAAUCAGUCUGGGGUUCAGCCAGUUAGUCAGUCGAUAUCGCCGCAAUCGGCGCAAUUUGGCUCGAUAUUGAAUCCUUAUUCCGGUACCGGCGCCGUUGUUGCUGGAGCCCCUGCCGUUUCGCUUCAGCCGCAGGCCUCUCCUGCUACGACGCCACAUACUCCCUCUGCCACGCCCACCAGGGUGACUCUGGCUUCAAUGAUCAACCCGGAGGAGCCGGUGGAUGAUCGGACGAGGGCUUUGUCGCCGACCCCGGGCGCCGCGGCUGGAAUUCCACCACCUGUCGUUGCUCCCAAGACUCAGAAGAGACAGCCAGCCGACCCCAACAAGCCCAAAAAACCCAGGAAGAGGAAGGCAGACGCAGAGCCCAAGGAUCAGCUGCCUGCGGUGGCAAAUACCAUCAUAGUGGACGGAAAACCGAUCGCCAUGAAGCCGGCUGAAGGGUCAAAGCCAGCUGCAGAAACCGCACCUGCCAAGAAAAGAGCCAAAAAGGAGCCUUCUGCUGCUGCUUCGAAAGCCAAAAAGGAAAAAAAGGAUUCCUCGGUGUCUGCAGAUGCCUCAGCAAUCCCUACAGCCUCGAUUUCAGCGCCCACCGUGCCUCCCAAACCACUGGUGCAGGCCGCACCAGCGUCCAUCUUGGACAUUGGAGAUACAAAUGCUUCGGAUUCCAAGCAGACAGAUCCUCCCAUAAUUGCCUUGCAUAUUCCUCUGCAUUCUCCGGGCGUUCCACCGGGAAAAUCUCAGAACAUUCUGAAUGUGAUGCGGCUGUGUGAAGACAAGUAUGGCUGGAAAAGGAUGCAUCCAAAUGCAAAAUUCGCACUGGAAGAGCAAGAAGACGAAGAUCUGGACGAAGAUGAUGAUGGUGAUGACAUGGAAGUUGAUGAGGACGAAAAUGGACAAAACGUCCAAAACAACGCAGCAAACGAUACUGCUGCCCAGGCCACCAACCAGACCCCAGACGAUCAGCCGGCACCAAAGCCCACCAGAGGCGGCAAGGGAAAGAGCAAAGUUGGAAAAUACGAUUUAAAUGAUCCUUUCAUUGAUGAUGCUGAGUUGGCGUGGGAAGAACAGAGGGCAGCAACGAAGGACGGGUUCUUCGUUUAUUACGGGCCGUUGAUCGAAGAGGGUCAAUAUGCUCGCAUUGAAAGAGCAGAUGGAACAGUCAAACGCUCGCGGCCCGGUGCCGGUGGUCGUGCCGCCAAGGCGGUUGCAGCCAACUCGCGCUCCAAGGAAAAUGCUCCUAAGAAAGCCCGUGGAAAAGCAGCCGCUUCAACAGCUAAGAAGCCCGCCGCAGUGGCUAUUGCACCCAAGAACCCUGAGCCCAGUUCACAGACCCCCGAGCCUUCUGCCGUUGUUUCAGGCUCUAUUCCCGUUUCUGAUGCUGUUUCAGCAGAACCUGCGCCGUUGAUUGCUCCUCUUGGUGACUUUUCACCUGCAAUCACUAAUGCUCCAGAGACCAAGCCCAUGGCUAGCUGA